UAUUGCCCUCUUGGUUAGUUACACAUCAAGGUGCAGCGAGAAUCUCUCAUUUCGAAUGAAAAAUAGGAACGUGGGGAACGAGGCGAGCGCGCAACGUUUGAAAGUCGCGAGGAUGCAAAAAACAGGGAAGCUGGAUGCUUUCGCUUACGGAAAAUACCUGUCUCGCUCGAGAGUGGCUCGGAAAUCGGCCGACGAUCAAAAGUCCGAGCCUAUUCGCGAGAUGUGCACGAUCCCUAUUUCUAAUAGCGCGCACGUGUGUUGUUUAGGUUGCAGCGAGGACGAGGCAGCAGGUGUCGUGAACGCGGAGGUGGGCGGAGGUUGCGCGACCGGGGCGCCAACCACAGGAAGUGGCGUUGGAGGUGGUAGCGGGACAGGUAGCGAGGCCGGUGGUGGUGGCGGAGGCGGUGGUGGAGCAGGAGCAGGAACAGAAGGAGGCGGAGGUGGUGGUGGCGGUGGCGGCGAGGGCGGAUCGACGAAGCAGGGUGGCGAGAGGUGUCCCCAGUGCGGCUUCCUCUGUCGGGACGUCCACGUGCUUCAGCUCCAUCUCGAGGACACGCACAAGACCUCGUACGCCAUCGACAAGAACGAUCUCAACGCUCAAUUCCCUCAAGUGUCCUGCAAGGUGUGCAGCAAGACUUUUGCUAACGUCUACCGACUCCAGAGGCACAUGAUCAGCCAUGAUGAGAGUGCCGUGCUUCGUAAGUUUAAGUGUCCCCAUUGCGAGAAAGCCUUCAAGUUUAAGCAUCACCUCAAGGAGCACCUUCGCAUUCACAGCGGUGAAAAGCCAUUCCAAUGCAACAACUGCGGCAAACGUUUCUCCCAUUCGGGCUCGUAUUCGAGUCACAUGACCUCGAAGAAGUGCCUGAUAGUAUUUACGAUAUGCCGACGCUCCUGCCGCAAAUGAUGGGCUUCGGCAGCUACUUCUUGCAAACGUCCUUGGGCAAGAUCUUAAAUCAGCUACAUUCCAAGAGAUUGGACGAGGUAGCCGAGCAAGUCGAGACUCACCGGGAGCUUAUGAGCCCGUCGACGGCGGACUCUGAGGGCACCGAAGGCACCGAAGGCAAAGAAUCACCGGCGCCCACCGAUCCGCAAGGCCUCGACGCGGUUCGACGUAUCCUCGAAACGGUGAACACCUCCGUCACGAAGCAGUUACUCGAGGCGAACGUGAGGAAACUGUCCACCUCGCCGGCAACGAUGAAACGAGAGUUCGACGAGGAUUAUCAAGAUCAAGACAGCGAGAUGUCCAGCGAGAUGGCACAUUAUCCAGACUGGUCGGCAUCGACGGAUCAAUAUGACUCGCAGAGCGAAGGCUUGGCGGCGAAACUCGAGGACGUGAAUCAGCCCAGCGCGAAAUCGGGGUACAAGAGAAAAACGGAGGACAGCUCGGAGGCGGACUCGGAGGACGAGGAGGAUGGCACACAAACGCACAAUGACAACGGAAGGAGAGUCAGGGCUAGAUCGUUAAUAGACGACGAACAAUUGGCCGUUCUCAAGGGUUACUAUGCCAUUAAUCCUCGACCCAAGAAAGAGGAGAUCAUCAUGAUCGCCAACUAUAUCAACUUUCCUACUCGCGUAGUACAGGUUUGGUUUCAAAAUUCCCGAGCGAGGGACCGACGAGAAUCGAAGAUACCACCUCUAGUACCAUUGGCAAAUCCAACCAGUCAGACCGCGUACGAACAGCCAUUAGAUUUGUCGAAGAAAGAGGCACUCACGGACUCGGCGUGCAAAGACAAUGAAACUGUCUGUGUGAAGUUCACGUCGUCGUCCCCCGUUGAACAGAAGGACGACAAUGCACCGUCGCAUAAUCAAGACGCGGAUGAUCUGGAAGAUUCGCCGCUCGUCAUCGACGAGGAGGAGACCACCGAUUCUGUUGAAACGAAACGUACGGCCCCGAAUGGGGGAGAAAUUAUUCCAAAGGGUCAACCUCAGACAAACGUAAAGAACGAAAGUGAAAACGCGAGACAGCCAGAAGCUUCGCCAGCGGCGGAAAUCGAGCAGGGUGUCUACUUCUGUGAUCGGUGUGACAAAACAUUCUCCAAGCACAGUUCCCUAGCAAGACACAAAUACGAACAUUCCGGGCAAAGGCCGUACAAAUGCGUGGAGUGCCCAAGGGCGUUCAAACAUAAGCAUCAUCUGACCGAACACAAGCGACUGCACAGCGGCGAAAAGCCCUUUCAGUGCUCCAAGUGCCUCAAGCGCUUCUCUCACUCCGGCUCCUACAGCCAACACAUGAAUCAUCGUUACUCUUACUGCAAGCCGUAUAGAGAA